AUGGUUCUUCAGUAUGAUGAAAAUGUUCGCAACCUGCUGUAUCGGAGAUCAUGCCAAUACACGCAGAGCGGACUUGUGGAUGCCUCUGUCCUCGAAGCUGAUCUCGUCGAGAGGGUGAAGAGCUUCGCGAAGCGUUAUCCGAACAGCAGGACAGCCCAGGCUUGCAAGGCUGUGGAGGGAUGCACCCCCGACGCUAUCGCAGAAGCCAUCCGCUCGACAUGUCAGCAGGCACGACGUGAGCUUCUGCAAGAAGCGAUGACUGGAUGGAGUGACGCAUCCAGAGAGUGGUUUAUGCAGCAGAUUGAAGAAGCCAAGAAGGAGAAGGUCGAGACAUACACCGCCUCAGCAGGCAACGAGGUGACUUCCUUCAUCUCCAUGACUCUCCUGGGCAUCUCCUCGGUGUAUGUCAACCAUGAAGAAAAGCUGAAGAAGAAAUUUGAAGAGAUCGGACUGAUCGUAGACUCAGUGCAAGAGAGUAAAGCAAUCAUGUGGAAGGCUCCGUAUAGACCCGAGAUAGCGAGUGCUGAGGAGAUCCCGGUGACUGUUUCCUUCCUCCGCAAUGCACAAGCGGAGAAGCUCUGGCAGGGAAGAGAGGACUUCGCGAUCGAUGGUCGCAAGUUCACAGCUGUACAUGUGAGCAUCGUGCACGAUAGAUCUUUCAAGAUUCGAGCCAAGAGAGGACCCUGGGGCAAAGGGGGCAGCUUGGCAGAGCUGACCCACCUGUUAACCUUGGGCGGCAUGACAACGGCUGAGAUAGCUGCCGUCUAUCGCUAUCAGCUGCUGCGCCAGUCCCUUGCAGCGGUCCAACUCCAGCCGCUGGCAGGCAUGCUGGUCGCUGGGGCGCCAGGACAGCAAGUCCACAAAGGCUUAGGUCAGAAAGGCUUCGUCGCUGUAGGGGCCAACGUCAUCUGGAGACAGAGGGAGGUGGAGUGGAUCGUCUCCUCGAGCUGCCCAGAGGCGAAUGAUACAGCAUUUCGAGCUUUCCGAGAGAGCGAAGCGAUGGAGGGAGUACACCUGACUCUGUUCAGCGAGGACCCGAAGAUCAGAGAGGCGCUCGCAGUCGAGUUGACAGCUGAUCGCUUUGUGUCCAGAAAUAAGUUGAAGAAGGCAUCAAGGAUGCAGAAGAAGGCAGGCGGCAAGGACGGCAAGGAGAUCAAGAUCAUCAUCAAGUCGACGGCGGCAUCUGGUCGCUUCACGAGGAAGGAGAUGGAGGGGCUGUGCAACGGCGGCAACACGUCUAUCGCAAGAGUCAAGAGAGUCUUGUUGGAGAUCGCUAACAGGCUCGAGAUCAAAGUUGAAGGCAUCGACAUGGAGGAGGAUUUGAACACCAAGUCCUGGAACGGGUCCAAGCUAUGCAUCCUCCUCGGCUCCACGGAGGAUGCUCGACGCAUGAUGAAGGAGCUGCCCUUCUAUCUCGAAGGCGCAGCAACCAAGCUCGAAGCAGUCGGCUUCGACAAGGAGCCUGAGGCGGCUGGUCAGCGGGGCACCAGCGACGCAGCGCAGCGACAGGAGGAGAGCGAGGGAGAGUGGCUGGAGUUUACAGACCUGGAGAGGAUCACAAUGGAGGCAGCAUCUCCGUCAAGCCAAGAGGACAUGCAGCUCGUCAGCGAGCUGUCAGCAGUCAUCGAAGAUGCAGCUUCUUUGAACGAGGCGGGGACGAGCGAGCCGAUCAAGCUGGUCCUGGACAAGGCCGUUGGCAACAAGCUCUUUCAAUGGGGGAAGACUAACUCACCAUGUUGUCCUCACUGUCCAGACCGAGAAGAAACCUGGGGUCAUGUUCAGCUAGCGUGCAAGCAGUUCCAAGAUAUGAUUCAAAAAGCACACAAUGAAGUCAUGAAGAAGAUCAAGGUCAAUUCAUGGUGGGAAACUCCAAUACGCAUCGUGAUGGAAGCGAUGGGGACUUCAAUGCACCGAGAAGGGCACUGGAUACCUGACGGACAUCGGAAUAUGACGGAGUCGAACAAACAAGCCUGGAAUGCCUGA